AGGCAACUGCCAUGCCAUGUGCUGCAGCUGCAUUCAUGUUUUGUUAGCACUUUGACCCAAAUCGUAGAAAGUGUGUAAGUGUGUGCGUAUGUGUGUGUGUGUGUAAUACAUGAGCGAUAAGCGGCAAGGUGUCAAUGCCGUGUGCGACAACAGCAGCAGCUAAAAAGUCGAGCAAGCACAACAACAACAACAACAGUGCAGGACGUGACACGCACAGGAUAACUGAGAGCCGCCCACGAAGACAAGCAUGCUAAGCAGAUAAACUGAUAGCUGUGUGCUCGACUUCUAGGACUUGAGUGCAUUUCAGCGGCAUCUGGAGCAGCAGCUGGAGUAACGGCAGUUGACAGACAACAACAGACUACAGUUAGCAGCUUCACACAUCUCAGUUCCUGGCUAUAAUAGACAGCAGCUUGUCUGUGUAUGUCAUAUGAGACCAGAUGGAUCAGUUCAAACUUAUUAAGAGAGCAGCGCAAAAUAACUGACAAUUCCCCAGAGUGAAGGAAAACGGAAAACGCAAAAGAAAAGGAAAUAUAUAUAAACAUACACAUAUAUAUAAAGUGUGUAAAGGACAUUACAUUAAAAGCGAUUCAUCAUCGACGUGACGUUGUGAUUGUGUCGUUUGUUGUUGCUGUUGGCCAAGAGCAAAAACACUAGCAGCAGCAGGAGCAGCAGCAGGAGCUGAAGCAGGAGCAGCAAGAGCAACAGCAGCGUUACAGCAGCAAAUUGAAUGUAAUUUCAUAAAAAGCGAGUGUUAAUUUUUUACUCCCUCUCGCUUGCUGUGUGUGAGAGUGUGUGUGUGUGUGUGUGUACACAACAAUAGUAGUAAGCAACAACAGCUACAACAAUAGCAAUAGCAAAUACAUGGCUCUUGGCUUAAUGUGCUAAUGCGCAGUGACAUGAAAAAUGAUGGAGAACAUGCAAGUUAUACGCCCCCUGAAGUAGGAGGAGCCGCAAACAGCUAGUGAAAGAAUACGCAGGGCAGGCCAAAUAACAAGCUGCAAAUUUGAUACAAACAACAAGAGAGGAAGAAGCAGAAGCAGAAGCAGUAGCAGUGGCAGCAGCAGCAGGGAGAAGCAAGUAGAGCAAGAGCAACGCAUUGACAGGCGACAACAAAAGCGAAAAAGUGGUAGAAAAAUCAGACAGGAAAUAGCGAGAGCAGCAGGAAGGGACUGCAGCAAUAGCAACAACUGAGAGCAGCAGCAGCAGCAGCAUCAUUUAUCAGCGCAUCAGUUGUACGGCAACAACAACAACAACAACUGGCAGCAACAACAACUGCACAACUAGCAUAUGUGUAUUAGUUUUGUGGCGCCUUUUGUGCUGGCGUUUUUUUGCUGAAAGGAAACAGCGCGUUCAUUCAAAAAGCCAUUAACCCUAAUAAGCGUGCCACAACAACUACAACAACAACAACUAGAAGAAGAAGAAAAAGCAACAGCAGCAGCAGCAUCGAUGUGCCAUUGUGCCGUGUAGCCCCGCCGUAACUAUUGAAAAGACGCCAACUAAGCUAAGCUCGCGCAGCUGUUGCAGCUGCCACGCAACACAAAGGAGACAGAGGCAGGAACAGGGAUAGAGCGAGAGAAACUGCUACAAAUGUUGCCGCCACGGCUGCUGCGCUUGCGGCUGUUGCGUGUGCCGCUGCAUUUAAUGGAAUUGCGCAUUUUGUUGCUGUGCCUGCCCACCUUGCUGCUGGCCACAACGCUGGAAACAGACCAAAAGUCAAUACUCACAGAUAACGAUUGGAAGAAGCUAUGGACGCGCAACGGCAUAAAUGCCGAUUCCAAAUUGGAUAAUAAUCUCGACUCCAGCGACAGUCCCAUGUUCGAGGACAGCGAGCUGAUGGCGCACAAUACAACCGUCCAACUGGGUGGCACCGCCUUUCUCGUCUGCAAAGUCACCGGCGUGGAUCGUGUGGGUGUAAAUUGGAAUCAAAUAUCUUGGAUACGUCGCCGGGACUGGCACAUAUUAUCCUCGGGCGCCCAGCUCUACACAAAUGAUGAACGCUUCGCGAUACUCCACUCGCCCGGCUCCAACAUGUGGACGCUGCAGAUAAAGUUUGUACAGCGACGGGAUCACGGCAUGUACGAGUGCCAGGUAUCCACACCGACUGGCAUCAUUUCGCACUUUGUGAAUCUUCAAGUGGUUGUGCCCGAGGCAUUCAUACUUGGCUCUGGUGAACUGCAUGUUGACAUGGGCUCAACAAUCAAUUUGGUUUGCAUUAUCGAGAAGAGUCCCACACCACCGCAGUACGUGUACUGGCAAAAAAAUGAUCGUCUCAUCAACUACUAUGACUCGAGGCGAGACAUAUCCAUUGAAACGACACCGGGUCCACGCACACAGAGUCGCCUCAUUAUACGGGAGCCCCAAAUCACCGAUUCUGGCAACUACACCUGCUCCGCCAGCAACACCGAGCCAGCUAGCAUUUAUGUCUUUGUAUCAAAAGGCGACAAUAUGGCUGCCAUAUCGAGGCGUAAAACUUCCUCGGCCGAUCGCAUUACGCACAUAUUUAGGUCAAUGCUGGCGCCCUGUCUGCUGCUAAACACGGUUGUCGUUAGACGCAUGUUCUUAACCUAAGCAACCAAAAUUAAAAG